CAGUCCGUCAUCACUGUCGCGGCUGUGGACGGCUACAGCUGGAAAUGUCGUUAACUAUCGCCAUACAAAUAAUCUUGUCGUUUAUUCUGACCGGACGUGGACUUACCUACAUAGUUAGCUCUGGACAGGAACCAGCUUGCCUGUCAGUGGACUGUCGCAACGGUGGUACCAUUGACAAUGGCACAUGUCAGUGCCAAUGUAGCGCCAAUUUCACUGGACUGGAAUGUGAAACAGAGAUUGGAAGGUCUGCGUGGCCUGCUGGACAGUAUUCCAUACCAAUGUCCAGUUUCGGCUGUCCGGAAGUUGACAGAUUUGGCUGGACUUACGGCUUUGUCAACCUGACACUUCCGGACUCUUCGAGAUCCCAACUUUGGAAUGAUGACGACCACAUGAGUGUAGAACCACACAUCAUGGGCCCGUUCCACACACACGUUAAAAUGAUCAAUUUCUGCUCGAAACAAAAUACAAUGAUCGAUGAUUCUGAAGACAGAAGUUGGCCUAUUGGUGAUUAUUGUAUCUACCAGGCCGGAGACAAAUGUCCUACAGAUUUUGUGAACGGCUCUAUCACGAUACACGGAUACAACACAGAUAAUAUGGGUGGUAUACUACUGUCUGUGAGUUACGAGGAGGGGAAUACGUCGUUUCUGGAACUACAUUACUGCUGUAGGAGUGAUGGGCACAUUGAUGAUGAAAUGAGCCUACCCAGCGAAUUUCCAUUCGUACUGCUAAAGGGUUCAUCUGCAAGUGGUUGCCAAAAUGUCAGUGAUAUGGAGGUAAAGGAAGAGGUUUUCUUCAUGACAAACGAACACUUGGACUGGGAGUUAUCUGGUCACUACCCUAACAUCACUUUGGGUGAUAGACAUGUCGGGAUACCAUACUGCUACUACAAACCUACAGCACGUCGUGAGUGUUACUAUCCCGAUGACCUUGGCGCGUCCUAUAAUGGACGUCACAACACGUCGGCCAGUGGUAAAAGUUGUAUCCAAUGGUCUGAUAUAACGGACAAUCCGUACGCCAAUAGCAAGCAUUGGUACUACGAACGGGAGGAGAACUAUUGUGGUACAGUGGACUAUCGGCCGGAGGAGAAACAGCCCAUGUGUUACAUAGACAAGGACACCAGGGAGGCGUGUAACGUACCAAUAUGUGUAGGAGAUCCUGACUUGAAAACUGUUGAGAGCGGUAAGCCAGCUUACUCGUACAAGUUUUAUGCAGAUAAUGCCCCAUUUCUUGCAACUGAUGGAGUCAUCGGAGAUGUAUCAUUUGUGACAACAAGGCCCCAGAUGAAACCGUUUCUACAAGUAGACAUACAGGAAUGGUAUGAAGUCCAUGCCAUACGUGUGUACCGCAAAAACAUAUGGUUUCCUGUAAACUUCCGACAAGUCGGGUCUUUCGUCAGUAAAAAUCAGUGGGACUUUCUCGACUACGGAGCGCCGAGAUGUGACGACAUCAGGUUUACUCACAAGAACACAAUAUUCCGCAUCCAGUGCAGGCGUCCAAUCAUCGGCCGAUAUGUCACGGUCAGGAAUUUUGACUCUACAGACACUUACUAUAACGCAGGGAAAUUCUACUUCUUAGAAAUAAAUGAACUACAAGUCAUUGGAAAGAGUACAGGUAGAGGACAACACAUGGGGAUGAUGUCCGGAGAUGUCUUUGACUACCAGAUCGAUUCCUCGUCCAACAUUGCGGAUGACGUAAUGUCUGAUGACGGACGACUAGAACUUCCCGGGAAAGGAUGGUGUCCAAACAACGGAGACGGAACUCCCUGGUUUAGGGUUGACUUGAUCAUCCCGGUCGUGUUACAAGGACUACGAAUACAGGGAUGGCAGGAAGGCAACACUAGAAAACUCACCAAACGAUUCAUCGUCAAGUACGGCACCGAUCUAAACGAGCUGAUGACCUACACUGAUCCUCCCGGCAUCACCAAGGUCUUUGAAACGUUUGACCACUACGAGAGUACGGCAAUUCAGGAUUUUAUCUUCAUCCACGAAAUUAUGACCCGGUUUAUCCAUAUAGAUAUACUGGGGACAAAGGAUGACGCUUGUCUGAAGCUAGAAGUGAUCGGAUCUCCUAAACGAGGUGUGCGUGCAAUACGGUGCGACAACGGAAGUAGAGAUUUCGGUUUUGAGGAACUGAAGUAUCACUCGUACUGGGCAGUACAUCCGCCAGAGAAUGGAAUAGCAAACACAUCUAUAGAUGAAUGUCGUCAGUUAAUGGUGGACAGGAAUUGUAAUAGCUACAGUUACGACGCAUAUAACCAGUUCUGUAUCACACACGUCGGCCAUCGCUACUACAGACAGUUCUCGUCCUCCUGGGUCAGGGACAGCACCCAUAACAACUUCGCCGGUAACCGUCUUUGUUUCCAAGACAUAACGGCCAUGACAGAAUGUGGCGGAGAUAUACAUCUGAAGGCCGGAGAGGGUGGACAGCGUCUCCGCUCCCCUUCGUUUCCACUGAGCUAUGGUCAACACAUUCACUGCACGUGGACUAUUCAGGCAUCCCCUGGGAAGUUCAUCAAGUUGGAUACUUUAGCUAUUACACUCGGGAGUAAAGUAAAGUGGAAUGAUAUUCUGAAGGCUGGUGACACUACAGAGAACGUCAUUGUAUGUAGCGAUGAGGUUAAAAUAUACCGGACACCAGAUUCACAUGUCAGCAUAUCUCAUGGCACUAAGAUUGAUACCGUCGAGCAGUUUCAGAAGUCUAUCAUCAUAUCCUCCUCCUCAACCUUACAUGUCGAACUUCAUUCCUGCUUUUUAUAUUCCAAGUCGCCAAUGCGCAAUUUUGAGUUUGCUGUGGAAGAAAGUGACGUGCCUGGAUGUGGAAUAGAGUCAGGACAUUGCAUAACUACAUGUACUCUGCCGUCAGCUUACAUCGGCACUCCCGGAUUUCCGGCCGACAUAUCCAUGGCGGACACCUGUAGUUGGACCAUCCAGGGAAAUUUUGGUAAUUUCGUCCGUUUACACGUUCUAAACCUGGACAUGUAUGACAGCAAUAGAGCCUGUGUAAAGACGUUCCUAGCUGUAUACGAUGUGGCACUGAAUGGAGAGCUAUCACUCAUAUCUAAGAUGUGCUCGGCAGACCGGGAAUACAAUACACUGGUAUCAAGCUGGCAUACCAUGCAGAUCGAGUUUCGAGCGGGCGACGGUAGUGGCAGUGGCUUCUUAGGAAAAUAUGAACUGGUUGAUUCCACUCAGACAACAAUUAAAAUCACAGAAGAUGGUUGUUUGCCAGGAUGGACAAGGCUGGAAGCAAGCUGUUAUAACCUGUUUACCGAGACUAGCAAUGAUACCAACAGUCAUGGUAUAUCGUGGGUAGAGAGUCGGGACCGUUGUACAGACAGGGGAGGACAUCUCGUCAGUAUAGGAUCCGUAGAGGAAAUGACCUUCAUUCACUACUUGAUGACAAAAGUCUGGGGUGGUGUGGAUAAAGACGAGGCUUAUAUAGGUCUUCAAAAAACCUUUAGUGGUGGUGAUGCAGAGUAUGAAUGGCUUGAUGGAACACCGUUGACAUAUACAGCAUGGUUUAAAGAUUCUAGAACAUCAACGUCACAACCGGACGGUCUUUGGAACGAGAGGUGUACCGCCAUUCGACUGUUUAGCAUCCAUUCUCUGGACAACUGGCACGAUAUUGCCUGUGCUUACGAUCGCAUUCCUAGCUACAUUUGUGAAAUGAGUUCAGCUACAAAUAUCAACGAUGGUGAAGUUCAGCGUAUAUUACCGACAAUUGUCUCCAGUAAAACGACAACCAACUCUGUGUUUCUCUGCGAUAACGGGGAGGCGAUUUCACGCCAGUUUCUAUGUGAUGACAAAGCGGAUUGCAGAGACAGCAGUGAUGAAAACGACUGCGGUGUGAACAACUCUACAUGUGCGCCACACCAAUUUCGGUGUAGUGAUGGAAAGUGUAUCUCCCUGAGUCUGUUCUGUGAUUUUAUCCCUCACUGCCAGGACAAUUCUGACGAGACAACGUGUGUACACCCUGAGUGUCGACCAAACGAGUUUCGCUGUAAAAACGGCCAGUGUAUAGCGGAGAGUAUGGUGUGUGACCUGAAGGAGGACUGCCCGGACGGAUCAGACGAGGACAGUGAUCAGUGUGAUACUUGUCGGGCUGAAAAUUUCUUGUGUUAUGACCAGACAUGUAUUCGUGGGAGUCGUCAAUGUGAUGGAAAUAUCGAUUGUGGUGGACGAUUUUCAGAGGAUGAGAACCAGCUAUGUACAACAGAGCAAUAUUCAUCGUGUACAGAUCUGUUGAGCCUAGGGAUAGCGAACAACGGGGAAUACUUAAUCACUCUAGGCACAGAUACGACAAUCAAAGUCGAGUGUACUUUUUCGACAUUAAACGACAAGACAUCCGUGAAGACAAUCAUCCACCAUGAUCACGAAGAAUGGCUUGUUGAAAGGGUCAACAAUAUUGACGACGUCAUCAAAUACAAAGUUCCGAUGCCUUAUAUUGACAUUUUAAAACGUCGGUACAACUGCUCCCAAAGAAUUACUGCUAAAUGUCACAUGACCUCCUUAGUGACAUAUAAGUGGCAGGGAGGUAAUGGUGUUUGGCACGACUCGAACACUGAAGGAACAAACAACGGCACAUGCUCCUGUCCAAUGUUCCAUAGAUGUGACACAAAUUUAGACAAAUGUAACUGCACAACGGGUUUUGAUGAAUGGUACGUGGUGGAUAUUAAUGAUGAGUUUGAGGACACUGGAGAUAUAGCGGUACAGGAUGAUCUACCGAUCACUGGUCUGUAUGCAGGAUUGUCUGGAGGACAAUACAGCUAUCUGGCAUUCAAAGUGGAUCCAUUAGUCUGCGAAAACGAUGACGUCACUGAAUCUGCGAGGUUUCUAUGCAGAAGCAGUAUAUCGGUGAAUAAAUCGGAAUAUUGCCUGAUGGACUAUGAUGAAUAUGGUGAAAUGAAAGGAUGCAGAGAUCUAUCACAUUUGGAUCACUGCUCGGAUUUUGUCUGUCCUCAAGACUUUGCUAAAUGCAGAAACAGCUAUUGUAUCCAUGUCAGGUUUCUAUGCGACGGCCGAAAACAUUGUCCGAACGGAGAGGACGAAGAAAUGUGUGAUAGAACCUGUGUCGGCCUCUUCCGGUGCCACAACAGUGACAUUUGCCUUGGUCAAGUCGAGGUGUGUGACGGGAUACCUCAAUGUCCAGAGGGCGACGAUGAGGCCUUGUGUGAUGUUCACUGUCCACCUGGCUGUACCUGUCAUGAGCUGACUGCUGAAUGUACCAAUAUAAAUACUACGCCGAACAAUACAUUUGAAGUGUUUUCAAAUGUUCGGAAACUGUCAUUCAACGCAUCCGAUUUCUCAUUGGGAAUUCCAAAAUUGAAAACUUUUGCAUUAGCGGAGUUAAAUUUUUCGCGUAAUUCUAUCAAAUACCUAACUCGGGAAAAUUUCGAAAACCUUAGUAAUAUAUACACUUUAGAUCUGAGCUACAAUGAUCUGACAAGUAUUUUUGAAGAAACUUUUCACAGUCUUAGGAAUCUCCGAACACUUCAUCUACAUGGCAAUACUGAAUUAGUUUCUAUUUAUCCAAAUGCCUUCCUUGGAUUGUCACUUUUGCCUUCACUGACUGUCCAAAAUACGAUGAUCUCGAAGAUAGCUAGUAGAACCUUCGUCGGUUUAAAUCAGAUUAAAGUUCUUAAUUUGACCAAAAACAGGAUCACACAAGUGGAAAAUGAUGCAUUCGCAUCACUAACUAAUUUGUCUGUUCUUGAUCUACGUGGUAACACUAUCCGGGAGUUUUCCAACGGCAUUUUCAAUGGACUAAGUAAUUUGAAAGAGUUAUACACCGACGCAUAUAUGUUCUGUUGUGUGAAGCCAAGCUCGGUCACAGACAAAAACUGCCAUCCAUAUCAGGAUGAGUUUUCAUCUUGUGCCGACCUGAUGCGUGAAGACCAUCUGAGGUCGUUUAUGUGGAUCAUUGGUUGUCUUUCGUUGGUUGGUAACGCCGGAGUCAUUAUCUAUAAAACUAUAUAUGAUCGUAGGAGCAUGAGGAAAGGUCACGGAAUUUUUAUUUUGAAUCUUGGCUGUGCGGACUUUUUUAUGGGUGUUUAUAUGUUAAUAAUAGCUAUCGCAGACACCAUGUUUCGGGGAAGGUAUAUAUGGAAUGACAUUUACUGGCGUAACAGCAUUAUAUGUAAAAUGGCUGGUGUCCUGGCAACCGUGUCCAGUGAGGCUUCCGUCUUGUUUUUGUUGCUGAUAACUUUAGAUCGCUUCGUGUCUGUGAAGUUCGUAUUUGGACAGAUCCAGUUCACUAAACGGAAAGCAAUGCUAACCUGUAUGGGGGUGUGGCUGAUAGCGUUGUCAAUUGCAGUGUUGCCGUUACUCCCUAUCAACUAUUUCAAAGGCCAGUUCUAUUCGAGAUCCGCUGUUUGUUUAGGCUUACCACUCACACGCGAAUGGCCUGCCGGAUGGGAAUAUGGAACCGCCAUUUUCAUUUUGGUGAACUUCAUCAUAUUUAUAUGUAUAGCCAUUGGACAGAUUCUGAUCUACCGGGAAGUGUCAGGAACCCACGAACUGAUUAAAUCACAACGGCGUUCGCAGGACGCUGCCAUAGCAAGGAGUCUGUUUCUUGUCGUUUUCUCAGAUUUCCUGUGUUGGUUUCCUCUAGGAAUAAUGGGUAUCAUGGCGUUAUCUGGACACCACAUCCCGCCCGAGGUAUAUGCUUGGGCGGCUGUGUUUAUUUUGCCAAUCAACUCAGCACUAAACCCGAUUCUUUACACAUUCUCUGCCAUCAUACGACAGAAGAAAGGAAAGUCUCAACCGUGCGAGCACCAAAACCACCCUGUCUCGACUCUCAACAUCAAAUUCGACACCGGAGACAAAAUGGAAUGAUAUUUGCAGCAGUGAUCGGUUUAUUAUCGGCGCAUAUUUACCCUGUCACGUGACCCUAAAAGACUUCAUGAAAGGGGACAAACCAGACGUGAGACGGAUAUACAAGAUUGUGUCUGACCUAGCGGAACACCUCGAGUUUCUUCAUAAGCGUAAAACACUCCAUGGAUCUGUGUCAGACCAAACGGUCAUACUAGUUAAGGAUAGGAACAAGAGAGUGAGGGCUUACUUCAGAUUAGACCCAAGUGUAGUGGACGAAGAGGCACAAUUCGGAUACCCAGACAUAGAGGCAAUGGGGAGAAUCGUCAGCAGGCUUUUACGAUGGAAUCAGAAGACAUAUGGGUCUCGCCGUGAAACCCAAAAGCUCUAAUCAAAAAGCGACACGCUGCAUUUUUUCAUUGUUGACUAACUCUGUGGAAAUCAUACUAUAUGGUAAAAUGGACAAGCUCUUUAUUUGUUGUGUUUUCCCCUAUAACACACAACGUUCACUGCGCGAAUGGUCUCUUCAGACAGAGUGAAACUUAAAGAAAAGUGUAUGUUUUGUUAGUGUCAAUACCAUCACCGAGAUACAGAUCUUACACAGCGAGAGGCACACAAAGUGACGUCAGAUAAUUAUAACAUAACAGUACCCAGAACUUGACAUUCAUUGUAUAACCAGAUAUCUUUUCUUAGUGUUGUAAACUCCAUUAAUGCAAGUUAAUAAAGGCUGUUUUUAUGUCACA